ACAACAUGGAGCCGAACGGGCUAAACAAUACGGUUAAACUCACUUUGAUCGCCGGAGGAAUAUUGUUGAUGGAUUUUAUGCCUUUUUUGUCGGGUUCUUUGUAACAAGUUUAUUACACGUUUACGCCGAGUCUUGCUUCGGGUUUUCCCUGGUCUGUUGAAGAGGGGGGGAGCCUUUGCUAAAAUAGUGUAUCCCUGCUCUAUGUUUUGAGUAGUUAAUGGCGAUACAUUCGGAGAUUUUUUUUUUCUUUCUUUCUCUAAAAGCCUGAAGUGGGCUGUUUGCAAAACCAAAGUCAAAUGCCGGCAAAGGGGGUGAGAUCUGCCAGCUACAGUCUUCCCCCGGAAUCGGAGUCGGGGGUCCCCGGGCCGUAGCAGCGACAGACCCGCCAUCGCCCGUCACACUACCACCCCUCAGGAAUAUCAAGUCGCUCACGGUUGGAGGCAAUAAACACACCAUGAGUGACCACAUGCACGUGGGGAACCACCAACAGAUCCACGUUCAACAGCUGUUUGAGGAGAACAGCAACAAACGGACAGUGUUGACUGCACAGCCCAAUGGGUUGACCUCUGUGGGCCGGGCAGGUCUACCGCUGCCUGACCGACAGCAGCCCGACGUCACCACUACCACGGCCCAGUGUCGGCAGGGCAGCUCAGCCUCCCUCAAGUCCACCGACAGCAAGCCCCAGCCGGCCACCCUGACCCCGGAGCAGGCCAUGAAGCAGUUCAUGCCCAAGCUUACGGCCUUCGAGCACCAUGAGAUCUUCAGUUACCCAGAGGUGUAUUUCGCUGGACCCAACGCCAAGAAGAGGCCGGGGGUGAUCGGGGGGUCUAACAACGGAGGCUAUGACGACGAUCAGGGCUCCUACAUCCAGGUGCCCCACGACCACGUCUCCUACCGCUACGAGGUCCUCAAGGUGAUUGGCAAGGGCAGUUUCGGUCAGGUGGUGAAGGCCUACGACCACAAGGCCCACUGCCACGUGGCGCUGAAGAUGGUGAGGAAUGAGAAGAGGUUCCACCGCCAGGCGGCCGAGGAGAUCCGGAUCCUGGAGCACCUGAGGAAGCAGGACAAAGACUCCACCAUGAACGUGAUCCACAUGCUGGAGAACUUCACAUUCCGUAACCACAUCUGCAUGACCUUUGAACUCCUCAGCAUGAACCUCUACGAGCUCAUCAAGAAGAACAAGUUCCAGGGCUUCAGCUUGCCGCUCGUCAGGAAGUUCGCCCACUCUAUCCUGCAGUGUCUGGACUCGCUGCACAAGAACCGUAUCAUCCACUGUGACCUGAAGCCAGAGAACAUUCUCCUGAAGCAGCAGGGACGCAGCGGGAUCAAGGUCAUCGACUUUGGCUCCAGCUGCUACGAGCACCAGCGGGUUUACACCUACAUCCAGUCUCGUUUUUACAGAGCUCCCGAGGUCAUCCUGGGGUCGCGCUAUGGGAUGCCUAUUGACAUGUGGAGCCUGGGCUGCAUCUUAGCGGAGUUGCUCACUGGGUACCCUCUCCUGCCGGGCGAAGAUGAAGGGGACCAACUGGCAUGCGUCAUCGAGCUGCUGGGCAUGCCCUCGCAGAAACUUCUGGACUCUUCCAAGAGAGCCAAAAACUUUGUGAGCUCCAAGGGUUACCCCCGGUACUGCGCGGUGACGACCCUGCCGGACGGCUCGGUGGUGCUGAACGGGGGGCGCUCCCGCCGGGGCAAACUGAGGGGACCCCCGGGGAGCAAGGAGUGGGUGACGGCCUUGAAGGGCUGCGACGACCCCCUGUUCCUGGACUUCAUCAAGCAGUGUCUGGAGUGGGACCCUGCCGUGCGCAUGUCCCCCAGCCAGGCCCUCAGACACCCCUGGCUCAGGAGGCGCUUGCCCAAACCUCCCACGGGGGACAAAACAACGGUGAAGCGUAUCACCGACGGGGGCUCUGGCGCUAUCACGUCCAUCUCCAAAUUACCUCCCACCUCAGGCUCCACCGCCAAGAUAAGGACUAACCUGGCGCACAUCACGGACGCCAACGGGAACAUCCAACAGAGGACAGUGUUGCCAAAACUAGUCAGUUGAAGGAACUGUAAACGACAGCUAGUUCGUUGUCUCAUCGAGGAUCUCUCUUCUUACUGGAUUUUGGUUUGUUUGUGUUUUAAAAUGGAGAGAUGUGUCUCUGAGAGAGAGAGAGAAACAACCGGGGAAGCCGAACAGUACCAGUCACAGUACUCAACCGUGUGGUUUGUUUUAGACAGAGGGGUUUAUUCAGCGUUAUUAAUUCACCGCGUCAUUGUUUAGUAGCUCUGUAGCAGCUUUUAUUUAAAUAUAAACGAGACAAAAACAUGAAAGUGGUCAUCAUGAAGGGAACAAUGCUUUUAGGUGUUUAGUCUCAGGACUGUGUGCUCUGAUGGAGCAGGUGGCUUCCGUUCACACAAUCUGGCCCAAGCAGAGACUGAUAACCUGGGCAUGAUAUAGUGUAGAACAACAGAAUGGGUGGCUGGCCACGAUGAACACAUGGCGAUAACUAACUCAUAUCAGACAGUCUGAAGAUAUUUAGGCUCUGCUUCUCUACCUUAUCUGAUUGAUAUAGUGACAUUAAAUAGCUGUGAGAAAGGUGUUUUUUUUUU